CAAACCGCAGGGUGUGGGGGAAAAGGAAUCCCCGCACGAGCCUCCAAACCCUCCUCUUUUCUUUUCCCUUCUUUCUUUCCCUUCUCUCUCUCUCUCUCUCUCUGUCUCUCUAUUCUUGAAUUGAUAAUGGUAGUUUUAUAACCCGACGUCUCCGGGGUAGCAGAUCCGAAGGCCCCCCGUUUCUUUAGUGUUUUGACUAUUUGGAUCUCUCUCCCACUAUACUUUUCUCGAGUGUCAUUUUCUCACAUAUACUCUCUCUCUCUCUCUCUCUCUCUCUCUCUCUCUCUCUCUCUCAGAGGGAAGACCUCAAAUCCUUUCCAAAUGCCCCUUUCUUUCUCCAUUCCCCCACAUCCACUAAGGUUAUUCGAACACAUUGAUAACCCCUCCUCUCCUUCUCUCACUCACCCUCCUUACCCUCUCCUUGAGCUCUCCUUUCAGACCUGCCAUCGAAACAAGGCUCCAAACAGACAGAUAAACUCUUAUUCUGAUUUCUCCUUCUCUACUCUUCCCCUUGUCUACUCUUCUCGUCCUUCCUCUCUACAAUCCUAGCAAAACCACCACACACCAAGCUGAAUCUAAUCUCUCUCUCUCUCUCUCUCUCCCCAUCUAUCUCUCUCUGAAUUGUGUUCUCUGGAUCAUGGGAUAUAAGAGCAAAAGGAGGAGAUAAUGAGUAUAACUUGAGCUUCCAAAAUCCCUUUACCAUCUCCAUUCUUCCCAUCAAAGGAAAGCCUUACCGCACUUAGUCUCUGCGGGAAAUUACUCUUCCUGUAAAAGAAUAGAAGAGUCUCCCACACCUCUUGUUUUCCCUCUCCUUCUCUUUCCCUUCUUCAAUAGCUCAAGUGGAGACCGAAAAAAGGAGAUGAGGUAGAAUUCUCAUGAGAAUUGCUAGUGAUCAUAUUGUGGAUGCUGAAUUUCGAAAUAGGAAAGUGAGUUCAGAUAGCCAUCAAUUCAUACAUCAAGUGUAGAAGAGAGAAAAAGGUGAAGGUGAAGAAGAUAGAAUGCCGAUUGAAGAGGUCCUCAUGGAAGCCACCUCCAUGCCGUCACCCGACCUCUCCUUGCACAUCAGCCCGCCAAACAGCGUCCCCUCCUCCACCUCCGGCAUAGCCUGUGCCGUUGACUGCGACCGCGGCCACGACCUGCGACGGUGGGCCGACUCCCCGGAGUCCCACCGUUACGGCUCCAAUGCCUUCCCCGAGCUCUCACUCUCACACCCCUCGGCCACCUUCGAGGCUGAGAAGACGCAGCAGCGGCAGGGCCCAUCGGCAGCGCCACCGCCAUCGAAUGACCACUGCCACCACGCCCACCACCACAGUAUCGGAAUUGGGUCAUCGGUCCACACAUCAUCGGAAGGCUCGAGGCCAAUUAAGGGGAUCCCCAUCUACAACAACACCCCCUUUCACUUCCUCCCCUUGGACCACUCCAAGAUAGGAUUCCACCACCCAGCGUCCGCCUACCCUCCGACAUGGUCCUCCUCGUCUUCAUCGAUGCAGUCGUCCUCCUCGUUGGCCUCACCCUCCAAUUUGGACCAUGCGGCACCCCUUCUCCACCGAGCAGGUGGGGUUCCGCCGAUGGGCUCAUCGUACCACCACCGGUUGGUCGCAGCGCCGACAAGUUUCAAUUGGUUGUCAUCGGAGUCAUUCAAGUCACACCACCAGCUCCACCACCAUCAGUAUGGUAUGGGGCCGUUGGACGCCCCACACAGCAUGAUAAGGUCGCGGUUCAUGUCGAAGCACCCGACGAGAAGGAGCAUGAGAGCGCCAAGGAUGCGGUGGACAAGCACCCUCCAUGCCCGUUUUGUCCAUGCUGUUGAGCUCCUCGGCGGGCAUGAGAGGGCCACUCCAAAGUCAGUUCUUGAGCUCAUGGAUGUGAAAGAUCUUACUCUGGCCCAUGUCAAGAGCCAUUUGCAGAUGUAUAGGACUGUGAAGACCACUGACAAGCCUGCAGCUUCCUCAGGUCAAUCAGACGGCUCCGGUGAAGAAGAUUUUGGACCCGGCACCACUGGUCUAAACUUCCGACGGUUCAUCAAGCAGAGAGCGACAGAAAGGCCUGUCCAACCACAAGAUAUGGACUAUUCUUCAACCACUGCUACCGAUGCCCCCAGUACUAUAAGGUGGAGCAACUCAUCAAGAUUUCAUGUGCGCAUAUAGUGCUUAGCUUGGACGACCUAAAAGAAAAGCUAAAGAAAGAAAAGAAGAGUGGCAACUGGCAAGUUACAAGCUCAGAGGGCUAUAUCAAAGAGCAUCUAACUUUAUUAUAGGGAUGCUUGUUCAUUUUUUAGGAAAAGAGUUGGGUUGCCUAUGCUUAUUUCUACCAUUAAGAAGAUAAGAUUUUCUUGGCAUUAGGCCCCUAUUCAUAGCAUCUCAAAGGAGCUAAUGUUCUGUCACAUAAGACCAAAAAGACCCCCACGCCCCUUGAGGCCUUGACUUGUGUAUACUUAUUAUAUUAGAAUAUUGGGACGUCCUAUUUGUUUCUUGGGCAUUGCUUUGUCGUUUUCCUCCUCUUGUACAUGACUUUAUCUUUCCUUCCAAUGCAUGGCUCUGAUUCCAGGAAUAUGUUUUGACCUGACAAGCCCUAAUUCAUAGAAAUAUGUUUCUGUCUCUGCUCUUCUUUUUUCUUUUUUUUUUUUUUUAAGUGUAUUGUUUAUGCGCUUUUUCCUCUCUCAUUCUUUGCUUUUUAUCUUGCUCGAACCAGUUUCGCACUACAGUUGGUGCUUCUUUUCCUUUAUCUUUUCUGGUUUAUUUCCUUUUCUUCUCUGCCUCACAAAAGUUCAACGCCUUGGAGGGAUAGAUGUGGUGAAAAACUUCGUAAAGCUGCCUCAUCUUACAUAUUAGAGUAUUGUGUCUUUUUUAUAUCUUUGGGCACUUAAUACAUGCAGCGUAAUUGCCAGUUAUAACUCCUAAACUAUAGAGAAUGGAUUUUCAAUCUUACGUUAUUUCGCUUAGUACAGAGACGAUUAUGUUGAAAGCCUGGACCUGUUAUUAGUACCUUUUUUUGCUUCGGAGUAAGAGAUUAUUUUUAUUGGGUAUGCGACAAAUAAGCUUAGCUGGAAAAAAAUUUCCAAAUAUUUUCUUGAGAAAUGAAUUAUUGAAUUAUACAUAUUAUUUACGUCAGAUGAUUGUUUUAUGAGCAAACUUUUGGUUUUGUAUGUUCAGAAACUUAUCCUUUUGUAUGUUUCAAACUGAUUUACAAUAAUAAUCAAAACCUGUACUGUCAGUUGAUAAAAGAUUACUUCUGAAGCAUAGAUUUAAAGUGAGGGGAAAAGAAUCUUUGACAAGGAAAUCAUUUCUGGGUGUGAAGGCCAUUUCCAUAUGGGUGGAAGAUGUUCAUUAUUUACUUUCAAUAAAAUUCAACUGCUUAUAGCUCAAAUAACACAUUAUUCCCUUUGGUAAUAUAUGACUGAAAAAAAUAUCUAACUAAAUAGAAUGAAAACUUGGGAACUGGAGCUGCUAAGUCAUUUUGAUCCAUAAGUAUUUUAAAAGUAGCAUUCAAACACUGCAAAGUAUUCAUCUUCUAUAGCGUCAUGACCAUUAUUUACUUGCUAGUUUUUCAAAAAAUCAUGAGCAGUGGCUUCAAAAGUGGUGGGUUGUGGAUCCAUUUGCUUUGUUCCAUAGAUAUCCGUUGUUAUAAAAACACAUGCAUUUUAGGGUUUCAAAGUGAGAAAUAAAAGACAUUUUACAAAAUAAUAUUUAUUGUUUUCUUGAUGGAAGAGGAGGUCUAGAUCCAAACACAGAAAAAUAAUAUAUCAUGUAGUAUAAAACAAACAUUCAAAAUUUUAUAAAAGAUCUUUCUAAAAAACAAUUCUGCAGAAGGCAACGAAUAAUUUAACGUUAACUGUUAAAAAGAAAUUUAACUGAACUGAUUUGGUUUCUUCAAGAUCUUGCUCUCUUGUUUCCGAGAAAAAACAAUUGAAGAUAGGUUUCCCGAGUGCAUUUUAUCUCCAAUUUCGUAACUUGUGAAAUUAUUUAUUAAAUACGACUUCUGACUGAAAAGAGACUUUGUGAUACUUGGUAAGCAAGAAGCUUUUUUUUAUCCCCUCCAUUCUUUUCAUUUACCAAGUUCCAUAAAGAGCUCAAACAUCUAGUCUCAUAUGAUCGAUAUCACACAAACAACAAUGAUUCAGUUAUUGUGUGCAUGUGCAUGCGUUUGCACACAUGCAUGUACGGGCGUGUACAUACGUACGCACGUACAGACAUGCAUAUAUACAUACAUACAUGCAUACAUAUGUAGAUUCAUGUAGAUAGGGAGAGGGAGAGAGAGAGAGAGAGAGAGAGGUAGCUAGAUAAAGAGAAUGGUAUAAUGGAUUUCACACAAAAGUUGCUAACAUGCAAAAUUUUAAAAGAUUCUUGAAGACUAACUAGCAUUUGUUCAGAAUUGUCUCUAAUAACUUAAUGAAAUCUGAAAAGCAAAGCACCAUCUAUUACAUCAUUAAUAAGUUUAUAUGCUACAACUCCUCGGUGUAGGAAUUGCAUCUGUAAACAUUCAUUUUGAGGAAAGUGGUUGCGCCAAAUGUAAGCCAAUCCUGCUGCCCAUAUACCUUGCUAACUAGAAAUAUUCUAUUUUUACUCACUUAAGUCAUUGGAAACUUUUCAUAGACGGAACCCCAUUUUUUAUAUAUCAUAUUAAUAUGAUGAGAGAGCUUAAUUAUGAGCCAGUUGCUUCAUAUAUAUCGUAGCCACCAUCAAAGAGUAAGCAUGCUAAUUAGUUGAGAUGGUAAAGUCAUUAAACAAUGGAUGCCCGUGAUUUUUGUGGGUACCAUCCCACCUUCAACCUGAUUUUGGCCAGGCUUCCUCCCAUGCUAGGUUUCAUAUAAAAGAAAAGCUCGAUUUUUAUCUCUAUGAGUGUACAUAUCCUUAUCCUCACUAUUGAAGAUCCUUGUACUCAUGAUUUAUUAACCUUGCUAGUUAGUGAAAACAUUUCCUAAUCUGAAUGAAACUCCUAAUCUAUCAAAGUUAUACUUAAUUUUUUUACAAUUUAAUAUAAGUUCAAAGAGUCGUGCAGGCGUGUGUUUAGUGCCACAUCGGUUAUUCAUCGAGAUCUUGGGUACUUAUAUAGAACUAAGGAAUCCAAAAAGUACCUUGCGGCUAUUUAUUUUGGAUGAGGUCCUAGAUUGCUACAAAUAGUAUCAAAGCGAACUUGGCUCAUAGCCUAUGUGGAUUAGAGGACACUGCAGUACGAGUUCAUUGAGGCUGAACACGGGCCUAUCGUGGUAUUUGUGAUUAGAUUUGAAUGGAUUUGAACUCUUAACCUAACGAGGAUGUCAGGGCUUGAAUGGGGGGAGUAUGUGAGGAUUCCAUGCGGGCAUGCAUUUAGUCCCAUAUUGGUUAUUCGUCGAGAAGAUCUUGGGCAUCUAUACGUGACUAAGGAACCCAAUAAGUGCCUUUCGGUUAUCCUUCAUUUUAAUGAAGGAUCUUGCUUCAUGUUUUAACAUGGAUGCAUGUAGUAGCCUUUGCACUAAAACCUGUGAAUUUACUGAAUUUGAUAUACUUCUUGUGAUGAAGUCUUAUUUAUAUGUUAAUCACUGUACUGUGCUUAUUUUUUUCGUUUUUCAGUUUUGUUUCUGGAGUUUGUAUGGUUCUUAAUUUGAAUUUUGCAUCAUAAAAGUCUACAUUUCAAAAUAAAAUAGAUCUCAGAAAAUAAAUAUAUUUUAAAUUUGGCCUAACAUAUCAUUAACAUGUCCUAUACAGUCUAACAGCGAAAGUUGUUUUCUUCAGAUAUAACAAAUAAAAAUUAAUCACCGGGCAGUGCUCAAUAAUGAAUUCUUAAUAGGCUUCUGACAAAAAAAAAUCUUAGUAGGCUCAGAUUAUGGGGAAAAAAGAAUGCACGUUCCAAUUUAUAAGUCCUUUGACCACUUCCGAAAUACUUCCAUUCUAGGAAAUUGACUUUGCCUGUUUACGCUAGCAUAGGUAGGCAAAAUGAGAUAGGUCAACAAUAUGCAGUAUUAUUGCUCUUGUUUGCAAAGGCAACUUUAGGACAAACAUUUAUUAUCAAAUAGAUUAUUUUUUUGUAAAAUUCUGAAACUAUUCAUGGGAGUUACAGAUUUGUUCAUGAAUACUAAGCAAUACUUGAAGAAUCUCAUAUUAGGGAAUUUGGUGAACAUCACAUAAAUCUCACUGGAAGAUCUUUGUUCAUUUCUGCAAUUUUAUCACACAGAUAUUUAUUUAACAUUACAAAUUAUUUAAUGAAAUAGUCCCUAAGCAGUUCAUUGUUGUCCAUUAUGGUAUAUAAAGGAGCAUUUGGAAACUUUUUUGAUCUAAGCUAAUAAAUAUUAGUUGUUAAAUAGAAAAGUUAAAGCAUAAGAAAUUAUAUCUAACAUUACCAUCCAUGAUGAGAAGUAUUACACUCUUUAUGAUGAAGAAAUCAAGUUUGAAAAACUGAAUAGAAUGCACAAAUUAUGCAUGAAAUAGAGUUUAAUCAUUCAUUAUGAAACUUAUUUCGAUGUUAACAACUUCAAGGCUGACACCCACCCUUCAAUUUAAUUAUUGUAACAAAUGUACAUAAAGUAAUUUUUAGGAACUAUAUGAAACUUGCUACUUUAAAGCAACCUGAUCUUGCAUAAUGACACCAUGUCAGGAUAGACACAGAUGUGAACCAAUUAACAUGUAGCACAUUUUUAGUGGUAUCUCUACUUGUAAAUUAUCUAGAGAAGAAAAGAACCACAGUCUGCCUUGUACUUUGUUAAAAUGCAUUUUAGAAGAAGUGUAAGAGUUGAACAGGUCAACAAUAUAAUCAAAAAUAUGUAAUACUGACUAAUGGUUCUGUGCAUGUUCAAUCAAUAAAUAAGGAGGGUUUCAGGUUUUUGUGCAGAGGUAAGGGAAGAGUAAGGAAUGAGAUAUUUAUGUACAUGACAGUUUUUUAGAAGGUUUUGAAUGAGCAGCUAAUUGGAGUUGUAGAUCAUAUCCCAAAUGGUUGGAAUAAUGCUGCUCAGUUGUGAUUAUUGAAAUUAAGAAUGAAGUGAGAUAAAUGCCCGGGUUUCUGAUGAUCAUGAGGAUGGCCACAAAAUGUAUAGAUCCAUUCGUUUUGGUAUCAGUGCUUAAAACAGGCGAUAUACAAGCUUGGCUGAAUUUGUAAUCACUAAAAUAAGUGGUCCACUGUAUAAUAUUCUUAUAAAUGAGGCUUCUACCUAGAUAUUCUUCAGGAAAUAAUUCAAAGCUUAAAUGGGUAUCUUUUCGAGAGAAAAAAAAAAGAAUAAGAGAUGUUUUUCAUGGAUAUCAAAGAAAUUAUACUCAUCUAUCUGGUUGGUGGUAGUUGCAACUAGUCAUGGUUUGAAAUGAUAGACCUUGUGCAAAAGAUGGGCUAUGCAACAUGAUACUGAAGCAUUAGAGGUGUUUUGGCUAAAACUGAAAAACAAAAGAAAAAAAAAUCUCCUCCUAUAUUGAUCUAACGAGCAAGAUAUAAAUUAGGCACAACCAAAAAAAGUUGGUCUUCUGAGUUUCUAAUUGUCUAUCUUUUUCCAACAUCAGUAUCUGUUGGUGUACAUGAUUUAUAUGAUUGACAUGAUGUGCUUGGUCUUUCUGGAAAAUGGUGCAUGCUUUGGUUGAGAAAGGUUUCGUUGCUAUAUGAAUCUCAAAAGUUUUUGCAUGACAAAAGCUCCUUUAAAUAA